UAUCAUCCAGUUGCUCUCAGUCAGCUGUGCAUGUAGAGGGGAGGACAGAAUCAGUCAGAUACACAGCAAGGAGUGGUAGACAAAGCCAAAAGCUCAUCAUAGUCCACCUGCAGCACUGAGAGGUCAGAACUUGGACUUUCUGGAACAGGCAAGAGGCAGCCUGGUGUUACUGUAGCAGUAUAGAUAAGGGUGUGCUAUCUUUUAUACAUUCCUCUCUGUGAGCAGCUGCUUGCUUGGGACCUUGAGCUGGUGUCCUCUCAAAACAAGGAAAUAAAACAAGGACACUCGGGGAAAUAACUUUUACGGUUAAGCGUCAGCAGUAAAGACUACUUGGAAGCAGAAACACGUGUCAGUGCUGCCAGUAGUGGGUCGUAACGUUGUGCUGUCCUCUGCCCCAUAAGGCUCUCGAGCUGGUCAGUGAAGACAGAGGUGGCAGGGCUAUGUGAGAUGAGGUGCAGGACUGGCAGCCUGGUGACAUUCCUCGGUUUGGUUGCCGUCUUCUACCUGUCGGUGUACACAACAUGGUAUAAAGGUAGAGGAGAUGGAAUAGACACAUAUGAAAAACAAUUCUCAGAACUUCAGCAAAGGUUGUUUCGUGCAGAACAAGAAAAUCAAAAGAGAUCUCGAGAUCUAAGCUCUGUUCUUGAUGAAAUAAAGCAAGCAGUGGCAGAGAAAAGAUAUGCAUUUGAGAAUCACACAGUUGAAGAGAUAAAAUGGAAAGUAUUUAACAUGUCCAGCAAGUUACCCAUGCAGUUCUCCAAUAUCUACAUGUUCCUUCCUCACCUACUGGGCCACGAAGAUAACCUGCAGCCGAAUGUCCUUUACGGACAUGGAAGAACAGGGGUGUCAGUCAUUUUCGGUAUUCCCACAGUGAAGAGGGACAAACAGAGCUACUUGAUGGACACAUUGGGUUCCCUUUUCUCAGAAUUGUCUGCAGAAGAAAAAGAGGACUGCGUGGUGGUGGUAUUUAUAGCCGAGAUUAAUUUACAGUAUGUGGAAGAGCUUGCUUAUCGCAUAAAAGAAAGUUUUCCUCGUGAAAUACAGUCUGGUGUCCUUGAGGUCAUUUCUCCGCCAGCAUCUUAUUACCCAGAUUUAAACAAUAUUAAGGAAACCUUUGGUGACUCCAAAGAGAGAGUGAGGUGGCGAACCAAGCAAAAUUUGGACUACAGCUUUCUUAUGUUGUAUGCUCAGCCCAAAGGUGUAUAUUAUUUACAGUUAGAAGAUGACAUUAUUGCAAAACCACAGUUCUACCAGUUUAUGAAAAGCUUUGCAACACAUCAGUCAUCUGAUGACUGGAUGAUUCUUGAGUUCUCUCAGCUUGGAUUCAUUGGAAAGUUAUUCAAAUCAAAAGAUCUGCCGUUUGUUACAGAAUUUUUCUUGAUGUUCUACAAAGAUAAACCUAUAGACUGGCUUCUUGAUCAUUUUCUGUGGGUGAAAGUGUGCAACCCUGAAAAAGAUGCUAAACACUGUGAUCGUCAAAAAUCCAGUCUGCGCAUCCGAUAUCGUCCUUCUUUGUUUCAGCACAUUGGAACACACUCAUCACUAUCUGGCAAAAUCCAGAACCUGAAGGAUAAAGAUUUUGAUAAGAAAGUUCUGUACAAAUCUCAUCCAAAUCCCCCUGCAAAGUUGAGCACCAGUCUCAAGGUUUACCAGCAAUUCACUCUUCAGAAGUCCUAUGUGGGCCAGGAAUGCUUUUGGGCAUUUUCUCCAGUGGCAGGAGACUACAUCCUAUUUGAAUUUGAUGAACCUGUGCGUGUAGAUGGGUACCUGAUUAAAAGUGGAAAUAUUGAACACCCAGGAGACAAGCUGUUCAACACAACAGUUCAGGUUUUGCCAUUGGAGAAUGUUGGCAAAGCAGCAGAUGGACUUUUAAUAGAUGAAGAAGGUUACAUGCAAAUAGGCAAAUUUUUGAAUGGUAUAGCUGAAGGAGAAAUCAGCCCUUCUCUUGGAAAAAUCAAAGCAUUUCGAUUAAAGAUCCUCUCAGAAUCUCCAGUUUGGGCCUUAAUUAGUGAGAUAUUUAUCAAGGUCGCUAAAUAACAGAUCGGAUGGAUAUAUUUGAAAUGUUGACCACUUAUUGGUGCUUUGAAGAAACAGUACAUGAACUCUGAUGAGCUUUCUAGACCACAAUAUGAAUGAAGGAAAAUCUAAAUAUGUGUAGAUCUAUUUUUGAUGAAAAUAAUUUGGUUAUUUAUAGAUUUUUUUUUUAUUUUUUUUUUUGUGACACAAGCAAGCCUGCCUGUUGCAUGACCAACGAUCUAGAAACUGUUAACUACGUCGAAUACUGCAGGGAUAUUGUACAAUUACAGAUGUAAUCACCAACUCUGCUGGCAAGUCAAAAGCAACCUCCAGCACUACAGCUGCAACAAACUGCAACUCACAGCAUGCACAGCCUGGCUCAAUAGCUGCAGUAUGCAUGGUUGCCUAGAUUUAUUUGGAUGGUGGUACUCUCUUUAUCUACAAGAAACUUAGAUUUUAGGUGUCGGGAAAUGAUUCUUUUUUGUAUAAUGAAACAGGUGCUAUGGCACAUUUUCUGUUGGCUCUAUUACUGUAAUAAUUUAAUUCACACUUUUAAUUCUGUUUUAUUUCUGCUAUUUAUGGACAUGUAGAGCACACUGUAAAGGAAGGUAAGAGAUUUAAGAAGAUAUUUGCAGGAGAACUGUUUUAUUGAGUUUAAAAUGUUUGUAUUAUCACUUUCAGAUCAUGUUAUGGACUGUGUACAUCUUUUUAAAUUUAGGAGUGUGUGAAUCAGUGUGUCAGUAAACAUGCUACAGACUUGUUUAAAGGUUAUAGUAAUACGACCAUUGAACAUAUGUGACUACCUGAAAGUACAAACCAGUGUGCCGGGUAAAUGACUCUAUAUUCUUCUGAUAGGAUGAAAACACUGGAUAUAUUCACUUUGAACUUGGGGUGUGCUCAGUUCAGCUACAGUGUGUGGUCUUGAAUUUAUAAUUGCCUUUCAAACUGUGCCAGAUGGAUUGUUAAAGAUGUGCCUUGUAUAAGCAUGUGUAAAAGAAAGAUUUACACAAAUGCCUUUGUCUGUCUAGUGCAGUAUUGCUUUGUGAUAGUUUUUUGUUUUUAUUUUGUAGAUUGUAAAUAUUCUCUUUACGAUGUUUAAGGAGAGCUUGGUCUGUGUCUGGUCAGUAAGAGUCUGUACCAACUUAGGUAUGAGACCGUGUACACUGGAUGUACAUGUAUGUACAUCUUCUAAAUGUUUAGCACACCCACUCUUCUAUGUAAAAAAAUAGGAUUCUGUAAACCCUCUUCAUUAAUUUCAAAGGGUACUCCAUUGCACUAGAAAUACACAGUGCUGCUACAAAACACAGUUCAUUUGUGGGCAGUUGCCUGUGCCCUAAUUUAAUGUGCCUUUUCCAAUCAAAGAGGACCCACUAAAACCCAUGGGACCUCAAUAUUUGCUGCAGCUGCUGUUUACUACACCUUCCAUGAUGCCUUGCUAGUGCUUUCACUGCCUAAGCAUUACUACUUUUGUAGUUCAUAGUAGCUUCUCUCAUCCAGGUAAUAUGGCUAGUUUGAUAUCGAUAUGCAAUUCAAACAGGACAAUAUUAAUUUUAUUUUGUAUUCAUUUUUUUUACCGAUGCAUUGAUAUUUAUUGAUUGGAUAUCUCUUACACUAAUGUAAUACUGGAUUUUCAUUGGACACUGUAGUUGCAAUAUUUCAGUUUGGCAACAAGCUGGACAAUUGGUCUCAAUAGUACAUAACACUCCAUUGCUGGAAAGAGUUAUAUUUGGCAUCUGAGCAAAGCAAUGAUGAUGUAUCUGAUAUGCAUUUUCACCCAUUCCUUUAAAUUUACCUGUCAUUUAAUUAUGCUUUGUUUUUUUGUUUUUUUUUUAUUGGGGAUAUAUCUCAAUCUGCUUGUAAAAGCUGCAGAUCUCUUGUCUGAAGCCUUUGCAAGCCCUCCCCUUCUAAACCUGCCCAGACUUUCUGUGGCUGUACAAUCAGACUUCCCAGUGCAGCUCCAUAUGAAGUAUUUGCAAGGCAGGCGAUCUGAGCAAUUGCCUGACUCUUGAGUGUAACGGCACUGAGCAAAACCAGGAAGUAACAGUACUGGUUGUCUGACAGGGUGAGGAGGGGGUCUGGAACUAUUUGUUUAAGAGAAAUCCAAUUUCUUCUUAAAUGUUUGUCAAGUGAACACUCUUCAGCAAGCUAAAGUACUUCAGGGGUAUGGAGUGUCCCUUUAAUUGAGUUAAAGGAAUUCAAGAAGUCAAUUUAAUUAUUAAAUCAACCCUUUGUUAACCAUAUAUCUUGAAAAUACCGAAAAUGUACUUUUGUGCAAUACUGAUUUAAAAAAAAAAAAAAAAAUGUGAUUUGUUGGACUAAACACACUAUAGACAAAACUUAAAUUUUUUCCUGGUUGUCCUGUUUUAAUAAUAAUUUAUUUUUAAGACCU